AUGCCAGAGCUGGCUGAGCUGAGCACACCCCGCACCCCUGCGGAUGCUGACCACAUCCAGAGGAACAUCCUGGAGGAGCAUGUGGAGCUGUGGUGGUUUCAGGACCCCAAGAAGUCCAUCCUGUGCUAUGGGAUGGCAGUGGUGCUGAUCUUGGCCUGCGGGAUCGGAGGCAUCAUUCUGCUGUACAGCACGAGCAGCCGGUCCGGGGAGUGGCGGCUGGCUGUGGGCACCACGCUCUGCCUCCUGGCCCUGCUGGUACUGCUGAAGCAGCUGCUAAGUUCGGCCAUCCAGGAUAUGAACUGCAUCCGCAGUCGGGAUCAGAUUGAGCUCCUGAAGAGUGGGGGCUUCUCGGACUGCCUGGUGCUGCUGCUCAGCGGCCUGGUGCUGCUCAUCUGUGGCAUCGUGCUCACUGUCCUCUCCACCACAACCAUGCAGCUCAGCCCCGUCCAGCCACUGGCCAGCAUGUUCACCAGUGGGAUUAUCCUCCUGGCUGCUGGCAGUGCCAUCCUCCUCUCCCUGCUGCUCUAUCUGCUCGGCACCUCCUGCUCCCGAACUGCUCCUCGAAGCUUGGAGACAGGUGAAAUCAGUGUCUUCACCAUCUCUGGCCGUCUUGCUGCUAACAGGCGACUUCCUCCCACCUCCAGCAUGGCCAACCUGAUCUGA